UAUGAACAGGACGCUCCCCAUCCCGGCCGCCUGACGGUGACGUCACACCCUUCGCACGCAGAAAGUCACGUGAAAAACCAGCGGAAGUGCAGUUUGGGGAAAGCGUAGCAGUUGGAAAUGGCCACGGCUGCGCUGACGCAAGGUCUGGAGAGGAUCCCGGAUCAGCUGGGCUACCUGGUAAUCAGCGAAGACGGCGUGCUGGCGUCUGCAGGAGAGUUGGAGAAUGACGAGCAUACAGCAGGGGUUAUUAUGCAAAUGGUCCGAACAGCAUGCCGCUUCAGGCUACAUGGUCCUGCCGAGCCACCCUUCAAACGGAUGUCAGUUAUAUUAGAAGACUUUGUCUACACAGUGACCGUCUCUGGUCAAAAAGUGUUUGUGGUGAAGCGUCAGCAAAACCAACGUGAGCCAGUAACCGUUUAACCUGGAAAGUGGGAGAAUAAGAGGAAAACUGCGCUUUGACACACAGACACACACUUACACAGGACUUAUGUAUGCUGAAAGAUCGCAUUUUACUUCAGGGAUGUGAAGGACACAAGUUAUUCUCCUCUGUGAUUGUGAUGAUGAAUGGCACAGGGGAAUGUUUCAGCCAACUGUCGAGAGAUGGCUCGCCAUCAGUCGUGUAUUACUGAGUGUAUUACUGAAUGCUUGUGUGUGUGUGUGAUAUUUACAUGCUCCCCCUAGUCUAACAGAUUGACUUUAACUUGCUGACACCUGUUGCUGCAAAAUAUAUUUUUGGAAAGCUUUUCUAACUCAAUCUGUUAGGCUCGUCUAUUCACUAAUACAGUAUCGCAUUUGUUUCCCUCCUGUAAUGUAAGUGCUUCAUGCUGUUGCCUCAGACAUGUGCUUCGAUAAAUGUCUGUUUUGACUAUUUAUUUUUUAACGUAUGAUUUAAUAAAACAUGACUUCAAGCA